AGAAAACACAGCACAUGGGCAUGCAUUGACUGGUUGCAGUUGUCCUACUCUUCUUUCUCUAUUCAUUUCUUCUUAUUUUCUGACUUCACAUGCUUGUCUCACACCAAUAUGUGCUAGCUUUUUUAAUUGAUAAUUCUUGAUUCAUUGUGGAAACUUGAGUUGUUUAGAAUUGAACAAAGAUGGAUGAGUCAAAUGGCUCAGGUCCUACACUGGAAGUAUCAGUUUCAUUUGGAAAGUAUGAAAAUGAUGCACUUUCUUGGGAGAAAUGGUCAUCUUUCUCUCCAAAUAAGUAUCUGGAAGAAGCUGAGAAGUGUAAAACAUAUGGAUCAGUAGCUCAGAAGAAGGCCUAUUUUGAAGCACACUACAAGAAAAUUGCUGCUCAGAAAAUGGAACAAGAAAAAAAGGAACAAUUGGAGCAAGUUGAAUCUUUAGACAAACCCCAUUUCCAAGAUCGUAGUGAGAGCACACAGGUUUUCGAUACUGAGAGAUCUGCUACAGAAGGUGAAGAGGAAAUGACAACACCUGAUGUGAAUAAUAGUGAUUCUGUUGAUGUGGAGGUGAAUAGCUUGUUGGUUCUCAAAGCUGAGGAAGGGGAAAUCUUGGAAACAAGUGAUCAUGGAGAAGUAGUUCCCAGUGUUGAACAACAGACGAUUUCUGAAAGAGGAUCUCAACAUAAUGUCAAAGAGAUUCCACAAGUGGAUAAUGAGGCAAAAAGGUCCUCUGCAAAGAAAAGCAAAACCCCUAAACCAAAUCUGAAGAAUACAGCUCGAAAGAUACAUCCAACUACAGAGGACAGAAUAUCAGCUGGAACAAAGAAGAAACCUGCAUCACCUGUCACAAAAACUUCAAUAAUUUCCACUCCAACGUCAAAACCGAUACCAACUUCCAAGAUCAUUUCUUCAUCUCAAACAUCAGUGAAAAAGGUGAAUGGGGUGUCAUAUCAAAGAAGCAGCAAUGCUCCUGUUGCACAAAGCAAUAAAGUACUUUCUAGAUCACUCAUCUCACCCUCUCAAUCCUCGAUAAAAAAGUUGAAUGGUUCAACAUUGCAAAGGGGCAAAAAUUUUCCCACUCUAGAGAACAAGAGGAUAGCUCCCAAAUCAUUGCACAUGUCUCUCAGUCUAGGUCCACAAAAUUCUACAGCUUCUGCUUCUACAAUGAGAAAAUCUUUUAUCAUGGAGAGAAUGGGGGAUAAGGACAUUGUCAAACGAGCAUUUAAGGCAUUUCAAAAUAGUUUCAACCAAGGAAAAAACGAAGUAGAUAAGAGAUAUGGUGGAUCAAAGAAGGUGUUGCCUAAGGGAUCAGAGCAAAAGAUUUCAGCUUCUCCAACUCCGAAAAAGGAGGUUGAAAGAUUAAGGAAGACAUCAGAUACGGUGGUCACUCAAAAAUGCCAAUCAGGGACUAGAUCAAACUCUCUAUCAUCUCGGGUGCCUAAAGAUGCUGGUAUAGAGAGGAAAAAGGUGAACACUGUCAGACCUGCUGGCACAAGUAUUGAUAGAUCAAUUGAUAAGUUGAAGGAGGAUAUCAUCAAAGGUAAGAUCCACCGUGCUGGAUCAAAUAGGUGAAGUUAAAACAUGAACUUCAGCAUCAGCACGAUACUUUCGUAGAUAAAAUGUUCCUCUGGAUGAGUUAAGCUCGCAUGAAGAAACAGAAGAAACAUCUGAAGAAUUUACCAUGUGCUUAGGCAAGAGCAAGAGUAAUCAUGUUCUCGUAUUCCUGGUGUAUUUGGACUCUACUGGACUCCUGAAUUGGAUAUCUUGUUCUUACAUUGAGUAUAACAUUAGAUUUAGAUCAUAGUUUAAAGUACGAAAAAGUGUAUGUGGAAAGUAAAGUAUUGAGUUUAGGAAUGCAGAUUAUUUAAACUUAUUGUAUAAUGCAAUCAUAUCAUAUUGAGAUAGUGAAGACAUUUUCAUCAUAAGCUACAGUGGCCACUUACUCUGGUAUACUACUAUGGUAUACUUGGUUUAUUUAUAUGUGGAAGUUGAAGUUUGAUUGUC